AUGGACACUCAGCCAGCUGGCAGUGUUGUCGAGGACGCUCCUGCCGAAGGGGUUGUCCACGCUGCUCUGGCCAGGAAACAACCUCCACCAGAGUCUCCGCAGGGCGUCAAGACACGUCGAUGGAUCAUCUUCUGUUUCUGGGCCAUCGCCGGCCUGCUCGGCCUGCCUAUUUGGUACGCCACGACCACUGUUCCCCGCGCUGCACUGCCCUUGGAGUCGAUGGAUGCGUGGGCCUCAGGUCAGACUUGUAAACUCGAGUUCCCCGUGCACGUCGCUCUUGCUGCUAGCCAUCUUGACUCUGCAACCACCACCGAACUUGCUCAGCAGAUUCAACAGGGCUUGGACAGACAAAACAAGUCUCCCAUUCACCGCUUGCGAGUAAUCACUUCGGGGCACGGUACUGCAGAUCGGUCAGCAGAUGCGCAACAUACCGACCUUUCAUCCUCCUCGGCUGUGACCAGUCAGAUUGCAGCUACCGUCAAUCUCGUGCUUGAUGCAUCUUACUCUCACCCAGUGGCCAAGGUUCAGCCCUUUGACCCUACUCUCAGUAUCUACCAUGGGUCCUUGCCGUCAAACCAGCCCACCGCUGUAUCUGACCUCGCUGACUUUAUCACGACUGAGCUUCUGAAGCUCUUUGUCGAAGAGCAAAUCACGUUAGACUAUCUCUUGAACGGGCAGACUGCUCAUCAAGAAUCUCUAGAGGACGUCGAUUCAUCUUCGAUUGUCGAAGGCUACAGGAAAAGGUCUAAUCGUGCUUUCAAGUAUGCAUCAACCUACCAUUUGACGUUCUCUCUUUUCACAGGCUCAGCAUCGCCUUCUGCAUGGGAUAUCAAAGCAGCGCUCGACGAGUACUUGAGUCCCUUCUUGGCCUCCUUCUCGUCCGUCAGCAAAUUCAGCGUUGAUACUCAGGUUCAGCUGUACGCAUCCCUGUCAUCAUCACUACACGGCCCUCAGUAUGACGAGUCAUCAAAGCAGUGGACACUGAUGCGCUCCGACUUGAGUGCAUUCAUCAAUGCAGCUGAGUGGCCUCUGAGUCCAAGCAUUGGUGUGGGCCCAACCAUCAACUUUGUUGCUUAUGUUCCCUCCCCUAAGCAAGCUCCGAUGGUGAUCGAGGAGACUGGCGGCACUAGUUGGCUGAUUCCACAAUGGGGCGGCGUUCAGAUACUGAACUCUGACAUGGGUCAGAACAACACCGUCCUCAGCAAGCAUGACCUGGAACCGGUUGUGCGCAUCUUCGCUGAACAGCUGGAGUCACUCAUCGGCUUGCCACAGUCACCGCCUUCACUUCCACUCCGUCUCUCCAGCUUAACACGCGAGAGAGCAGCAUCGCUGAUCUUGUCGGCUUCAUCGACUCUCGGCUCGUUGUCCAGGCUGACACUCAAGCUGACUAGCAUCGCCAUCCCUGACAACGUCGCGGACUCAGUCCAAAAGACGAUUCACCAUCUGGAGACCGCAUGCUCUCAUCUUCACGAAGGUCAUUAUGAUGCUGCCUUGGAACAUGCCCGUAUCGCAGAAGCUCAAGCAGAGCAAGCUUUCUUUGAGCCGUCUAUGGUUGGUCAAGUUUACUUCCCAGACGAGCACAAGGUCGCAGUGUAUGUGCCCUUGCUCGGCCCUAUGGCUGUGCCUCUAGUAAUGGCGGCAUUGAAAGAGUUCAAGAAGUUCAAGCAAGCUCGAUCGAAGACCGUCUGA